AGAUAACGUUCUACAAUCCAGAUAAGUAAAUAUGUUGAUCUAAAACAUUUCUCUUUCAACAUUUGACUCGCUACUCUAUCACAAGCACCAUGCAGAUCGUGGCGUUGAUUCUUCUGCUACCCGCCCUAGCUCUCAGCCAGACCCCGGAACCAAUCGACAUCAACGAUCUGUUGACAACUGUCUUUCAAAUCCUCGACGACAACUCAGACAACCACAUAGCCAGGCACGAGAUUGACAUCUUUUUUCAGCAACACGACGAAAACUUCGACGGUCUGAUUGAGAAGAACGAGUUCAUCGACGCCGUCAACGCCCACUCGACAGGCACGAACCCCGCCCACGUACAGCUCAUCUACAACAUCUACCCCUUCCUUGACAUAGACAGUGACAACUUUGUUGACCACCAUGACCUUGACCAACUCUACCUGCGCGCGGACGCGGACAAAAAUGGACAAGUGACCCUGCCAGAGUUUGAAGUGUUCCUAACGCAGUUGCUUUUUGCCCACGGCUUUGACAAAUACUACGAAGAAAACUAAACAACGGACUGCCUUCUGUUAACUGUUUAGACGACAAAACACUAAGGAACAUUAAAUUGUUUUGAUAAUAAAAUACAAAAGUAAAUUUCAA